GAUUAUCUGAUGACAGCACGGCGCUCACAUCAGCAGAUGACCAGCACUAGCGCUAUGCAGAAUCUGUCGAAGCCACCGGCUUUGCUGCUGCCCCCACCUGGAGGGGUAGCACUGAGGAUCAAAAACUCCCCGGGCACCAGCGGGGAGCGCCUGAGCCAGACCAAAUCCAUGGUGAUCCCGGACCUCGACUCAUCACAGAAACCGAUCCAAAGACAUAAAAGGAACCAGUCCCAGUAUGGCACGAGUCAAGGUGUCAAACCGUUUCAGCCUGUUUUACAAGGAGAAUAUCUGAACAAAACCAAGAUCUUUGAAGGAGGGAAGAAGCUCAAGAAGAACUGGGCGUCAACAUGGGUUGUCCUUUGUUCCAACGAGCUGCAUUUUUACAAAGAGAGCAAGCAAGAAGCCAUGGCCAGUCUGAAACCGGGAUUUAAACCAGAAGGAGUGGAUCUGUGCGGUGCACUUGUAGACUGGACAACCGAAAAGUCAAGUCGGAAGAAUGUUGUUCAGAUUUCCACAAGAUCUGGUGAGGAGUUCCUUCUACAAUCCGACGACUACUCAACAAUCAGCAAAUGGCAUGAUGCUCUUAGAAGAGCAGCCGACAGACUGUCCAGUUCUGAGGCAGGACCGGGUGGUGGGAAAGCCACACUGCAGAGGUCCAGCAGCACAGAGUGUCUGUCCAGACGAGCCUAUGACUCAACGAAAGUCAAAGCCAAGGAACCUAAAUCUGAGAACAGACGCUCCCUCAUGUUCAAACUUAAUUACAGUGCUUCGGACAGUGCAGACAAGAUCGGCGUGAAGAAUCGUCUCAAGAAGUUCAUCUCCAGACGUCCCUCCAUGAAAACGCUCCAGGAGAAAGGUCUAAUUAAAGAUUGUGUUUUUGGGUGCCACAUAUUGAAUUUGUGUCAGCGUGAAGGGACGACGGUGCCAAAAUUUGUCCAGUUGUGUGUCAAAGAAGUGGAAAAACGAGGGCUGGACGCUGAUGGUCUAUACAGGGUGAGUGGCAACCUGGCCACUAUUCAGAAACUACGCUUCAUAGUUGACAGAGAGGAGGAGCUGAAUUUGGGUGACAGCCAGUGGGAGGACAUCCAUGUCAUCACCGGAGCGCUGAAGAUGUUUUUCCGCGAACUGCCGGAGCCUCUUUUCCCGUUUCGCUUUUUCGACCAUUUGGUGGAGGCCAUAAAAACUAAGGAGCACAAGCAGAAGAUUCAGGAGAUAAAGAAGCUGAUCCAUCAGUUACCCAGACCCAACCACAACACCAUGAAACUGCUGUUUCAUCACUUCCGGAGAGUUCUGACAAAAUCGAGGCAGAAUCUCAUGUCGACUCAAGGCAUCAGUAUCGUUUUUGGCCCCACCCUCAUGUGGCCUGAGCUGGAUGCAGGGAACAUGGCUGUUAACAUGUUGUACCAGAACCAGAUAGUGGAAUUCAUGCUUAUCGAGUGUGUGGAGAUCUUCGGACCAGAAUCCAAGUGAUUCAGAGUCAAAGAAACAACUGUUUUGGAAGACUGCAUGAUUUCGAGAAACAACAACAAGAGCUUGGAGAAGGGGUCAUGCCAUCUAUUUACAGAGAAAGUAAAAAGUUAUAAAGUUUUCAUACACUUGUGGAUUUUAGAUGUGGAUAUAAAACACGUAGUGGAUUCAGAAAGUAU